AUGAACAUAUAUGAUAUACCUACCGUUACGCCUCUUAAUAUACAAAAAGGAUUUAAGGUGACUGGAAUUUGGCCUUUCAACAGACAAAUAUUUCAAGAUGAUGAAUUCUUACCCUCAGAAGUAACAGACAGGCCAAAGCCAGAAAAUAUUAACACAGCAAUGGAAAUAAGUCCUGAACCAGAAUUUAAUAGGGAAAACCAAAGAACCCCACAACCUUCUACGAGUUCAGCUUGCAGCUUAUCGUUAGAUAAAUCUGUUGAUUUACUAUCUACUGGUACUCAUAUAACGCCCCGAGAAUUAAAACCUUACCCAAAAGCCAUGCCAAGAAAAUCAAAAGUAGGUCGGAAGAAAACAGUUUCCGCAAUUUUGACAGACACUCCGAUUAAAUCUGCUUUAGAGGAGGAAGAAAGGACAAGACAAAGAAAAAAAAUGUGGGAGCAACUAAAAGAAACAUAUCAGGUGAAUUAA